AUGGCUGGCGCCGGCUUUGAAAUCAAGUUGGACGACCCAGAGGCUGAGCUCUCACAGGAUCAGUAUGAAAAAGUCGUCGACAACUUUAAACUGCUCGAUCAAAGCAAGACAGGACGGCUCAAUCCGCAGCAGGUGGGAAUUCUUUUCCGAGCAUUCGGGCAAAACCCCACAGACGAGGAGCUAGCGGAGAUGCUCAGACCAGUUCCACAGGUGGGCUUGGAUGUGGAUGGAUUCAUCCGGUUCUUCAAAGGCAACUACAGGACGCCAACGACCGAAGACACACUUCUGAAGGCAUUCCAGGUUUUCGACUUGGAGGACACUGGCAUCAUGAGCCGUGAGAAGUUCAAGGAGAUGCUGACAUCCCUCGGAGAUCCCAUGCAGGAGCAUGAGGUUGAUGCUAUCCUGAGGGAGGCGGAGGUGGAUGAUAAAGGCCUUUUCGACUACAAGUCCCUGGCCAAGCGGCUGUGUGAAGGGCCAAAGCGCAUACCAGACAUGCCAUGA